AUGAAGUCUCUUCGCAUGCUCGCCGUCGCGGUGGCGACAGUGGUCACUGCCGACGCGGCCAAGCCCUCUGUCAAGACGGGCCUCGACGUCCUCAUCGACUCCAAGUACAAGCAGCUCUCCGGACGCAAGGUGCUCAUCCUCAGCAACCCGACGGGCGUGACGCCCGAGCUCGACCUCGGCGUGGACGUCAUGUUCGAGUCCAAAAAGGUGGACAUUGUCGGCGUCAUGGGCCCAGAGCACGGCUUCCGCGGGACGUCGCAAAACGGCGGCGGCGAAGCCACCUUCAAGGACCCUAAGACGGGGCUCACCGUGUACGACGCGUACAAUGUCAAUGUGACCACCCUGAUGGGAUACAUCCACGAGUCUGGAGCGGAUACGAUUGUCUACGAUAUUCAGGAUGUGGGCGCGCGGUUUUACACCUAUAUCUGGGCCAUGUACGACACCAUGGUUGCCGCGGCGUCGACCAACAUUAGCUUCGUUGUCAUCGACCGGCCGAAUCCCAUCACGGGGCUGGACGCGCACGGUCCCGUCCUCAACGACAGCUUCAUCACGUCUUAUGUCGGACGGAGGCCCAUUGCACAGGCCCACGGCAUGACGGUCGGCGAGCUCGCCCGCAUGUUUGUAGGCGAGGGCUGGAUCCGCCAGGCGGCUAACGGCUCGGACCUGCACGACCUGUCGGUGGUGGAGAUGCGCGGCUGGAAGCGCGGCAUGACCUUUGCGGAGACGGGCCUUCCCUGGGUCUUCCCGUCGCCCAACAUGCCGACCCCCGACACGGCGAUGCUCUACCCGGGCGCGUGCAUGUUCGAGGGCACGAGCCUGUCCGAGGGGCGCGGCACGGUGCGUCCCUUUGAGCUCCUGGGCGCGCCCUGGGCCAACGAGUCUUGGGUGACGGAGAUGCGCUCGCUCAACGUCCCGCACGCCGACUUCCGCUUCCAGUGCUUCACGCCCACGACGAGCAAGUACGACACCCAGACGGCGUGCGGCCUGCAGACGUACAUGACGGACCUGCGCAACGACCGCGACUACGCCGAGUUCGACGCGCCCUUCAUCGGCGUGAGCCUUCUGUACGCGGCGAGGAAGCUGUACACGGUGAGCAACACGACGGGCGACGCGCCGACGACGGGCGCCUUCCACUGGAUCUACAGCGGCGGCUCCAAGACGCUCUACGACGUUGACGUCCUGACGGGGUCGCCGUUGGUGAGGGAGAGCAUCGAGAAGGGGUGGACGCCGGACCAGAUCCGCCAGGCCUGGACGCCGAGACUCGAGCAGUUCCGGGAGAAGCGCAAGAAGUAUCUUCUUUAUAAGUAG